AUGGCCGUCUCAUGUAAGCGACCAGGUGAAGAGCCCAUGCCAUGUCAAGCUCCAUCUCAUGUACUCCCACCAUCUCACGGACGAGAUGCCAGAGCUCGUCGUAUAACCAUUUCACAAUACGAUCAGGCCAAUUUCCUCCUACUGCCUAUUUUGUCAAAUAGGCUGGAUUUCUACUCCUUUCGGCCAGAUCGUUGUUCGUCCGCGGACCAAAUUAUUGGUCGUUUCGACUCCACAUUUGACGGUAUACUUCACAGUGCUACACCAAGCACUCAACUCUACGGACCAUUCGUCCGUGAUGUGUGA